AUGAAGCUUAUGAGGAUAUUCUCAUCAGCAACACUGCACAUAAUCUGCUUUGUGUGCUUUUUGACGUUGCUCGUCGGAACAUUGAUACUGUCUCCCAAUGAUCAAGCACACGCUCAAGAUUUACGAUAUUGUUCAAUUGCCAACACAACAGUGAUACCUCUCACAACCAACCUAAUAGGACAACAAGCUGGAAUUUUAUGUCCAUUUGGGUUCAUCAAACAAAGAAAUACGACAUCAGGAUUGUUGAAUUGUGUGAGCAUAGUGGAUUUAUUGAAUGAAAUUGUUGACAAGAGAGAUUGUUGGUUGCCACCUGGAAGAGAUGAAUUUUCAACACCCUAUUUUAACACAACCAGUUGUAUUUUCAAUUUUCUUCAUUGUUCACCCAGAACAAAAAAGUGCAGCAUGUUCAACACGAGGAGUUUUGGAGAUUCAUGUGUGGAUCGAUUCAGUUGUGUUGGUUCACUUCAACAAAGUCAAAUCAAUUGUUUUCAAGGAAAAUGCACCACACUUUCAAGAACACAUGUUUUACCCAUUGGAGCUGACUGUAGCACUGAUCCUUCAUUUCCAGCUUUUAUUAGCUAUGAGAAUAAUACCUUCUCUACUUGCAAUGACAAGUCCCUUUGUGUGUCUACUGGUGGUUCAUCUAAAUGUCUGAGAGUGCAGACAGGCAAAGCUCCAAAGUUUGGAGCAUGUGGACUAUUUUACAGAGUUGACAAUAACACCGUUACAGAUACAAGUGUAAGAGUGUGUGGAUAUGCACACGUUUGUUCAAACACAGAGAAUGGUUAUUGCUUACCAAACUAUGCUUCUACCGACUUUUAUGAUACAUUUAGAGCUCCUUUUAAAGCUCUCACGAGCCCACCUGAAGAAUUUGAGCUCCAAUUAAGCUCUACCUUUAUGGACACGAGGCAAGUUUUUACUACAAGAAGCCACUCUUUUUGUAAGAGUAACUCUGGAUGCAAUGGAAAAGCGCUCGGUCCUUCUGCCUUACAAAUCAAGACUAGCUAUUCUUAUAUGAAGGGCGGCUCUAGUUUUAGUGGAUCAUUCGCUGAAACAUUCAACAAGUGUGACAUGAGUCAGAAGAAGUGUGUUCGAACUUUUGCAAAAGAGAAUGGAAUGACAUGUUCGGAACAUGCAGAAUGCCGUUCCACCUAUUGUUCACCUCUCAACAUGACUUGCUCUGAAAUGGCAAAAGAAAUUGAAUGUGGUCCAAGUGUUGCAAAUGCUUCUUUGAGUGAUUGUCCUGGAUAUUCUCAAUGUGUUUGCACCAAUUCAAGUCGAGGGGUUUGCAUGAAUUUGUGUUUUGGUGAAUUGGCUGACUUACAUUCAUGUUCAUAUAAUUUUGGAGUCGUUGGGCCAAACAGUCCCAUUUCUAAAAUGGAGAAUAGUUUGAUACCAUUCAUUGACAAUCAAUCUUCAAUAUUUUCUCUUCAAAAUGGAAAGUGUAAAGAAUACAUGAUCAAAUAUUUUGAAUGUAUGAAGAACAAUCAGAAAGAAUUGAAUUUAGAAACUCUUGACUUGCCUUAUUCUGAAACAGUACAACAACUGGCAAUGACAAGAAAACUUAUUUUGCUCUCUGAGCCAAAUGAUAUUUUGUUGAAAAAUAAUUUAGCGAAUUCAUCAUCAUAUUCAGUUGAUACAGACAUUUUCGCAACUGCUGAAGUGAAUAUGACAAGUAUUGAGAAUAAUCAUGUUUCAAACAUUUCAGAAGUCUCUCUUUCAAGAAUUGAUUUAUUCAACGAAAGUUCAAGCUCUGUGAUCAUGAAAGUGUCAGACAUUUAUUCAAAUUUUAACAUUUCAGAACAAGUGGUUGUCUACGUUUUGGAAAGAAUGGCUGGAUUGAUUCCCAGAUACAAAACAAAAGAAAUUAACUUGAAAACCAAGAUGAAAGUUUGUGGGUGUUGUACAGCAACAGUGACCAAUUAUUUACAACAAUCACUUCAAGGAGGAAUUUUACUUAAAGGCAAUGAUUCCACUAUUCUCACAUCAGGAUUAGUGUCGUUCACAGAGUUGUCAUUGAGUAAUACAAUCUCUGGAUUUGAACCAAUCAUGGGACAUAAUUCAUUCUUGAAUCGAAAUUGGUAUGAAAAGUGUGACAUUAUUCUGGUUCCUCCUGAUGACAUAGACUUGAUCACACUCUCAGUGAUGAAUAACAUGUUGAUUUUAGAUCGAAACUCAACAAAUGGAAAUUCUGUGAAGGAAUUAGAAGAAAAAUCCAUGACAGAGUUGUUCUUGGUUUUAAUUUCAAAUUUACCUUCAAAAGUAUUGUCAAUUUCAAGAGGUGUGAGAGAUUUUGCCAUGACCAAUCAACCGGUAUUCGAUAGACUGGCAACAAUAUUUCGAGAUGCGGUUACAGAGAAUUACUUGCAUGUUUAUGAUGUUGUCAAUUUGAUAAGAUCAACCAAUUCAUCUGAUUGUUCUAUUUUCAAUUCAACAUUUGACAUUAAGGCCUAUCAUAGAGCAAUAUUCUCAUAUCCAAUGUCAUUUGACAGCUCCAUUCCAUUCCCUCUUUCCUCACCUUCAUUUGUUAUUGAGAAUGAUCAAUGGUUCUUGCAGAAACUUUCUUUUGGAGCAGUAUCUGAUGAUACCUUGAUGAAUAUAUUCUCAAGAUUGGUGAGUCCAAAAUGCUACAGUAGUUACAAUUCAUAUUUGGGUGUGUUCCAUUAUAAUGAUGUCUCCAAAUAUUGGGAUUUGGUGUUAAAAGACUCAAUGUUAUUCAUUGUCAUUGCAAGCUGUCUAUUGUUUUACUUGAUAUUGGCAGUAACUUAUAGAAAUAGCUUGGCAUUGAAGAGAAGACUAUUCGCACCAUUUAUUGGACCAUUUUGCAUGAUGAUUAUUUGUUUGGUUUAUAUUGAACCAAUUUUAAUGUCAUUGUUCAAGAAUGUUGGAAAGAACAUUGCUCCUUUCAUUCCAAUUCCCAAUCUGUUCAUGUCACUAUUGAGUGCUUCUUACAUUGUCGUUUCAAUAAGAUUUUAUUAUUUGAGAAAUUUAUAUCAAAUUAGAAAAGGAUUGGAUGAAACUAUGAAGAACAACAAGAUGAAUAACAUGAGAAUUUACAGAAUAUUUGUUCAACCUUAUGUCACUCUUUCAUUGGUGAUGAUCAUCACUUUCAUUCUGUUUGGAAUUUGGUUUGGAAUCUUUUAUGGAAUUUUAGAAAGUAUUAUCAUUGAAAGAUUUGGAAGAUUUGAAUGGACACUUCAAUUUGAUGCAUCAUUGUUGGCAUUGACCACUCAAUUUGGAUUUUUGAGUUUAGUUUCAAUCCUUUGUUUAUUUGUUGAUGCCAUGUUCAACUUGAAGAAAAUACGAAAACAUGGAAUUGGAUAUUACUUUAUGUUUGACGAUCCAUUCCACAUGAGAAUUGAUAUCAUAUCACAACUGUUAAUCUUUUUUAUUUCUAUUCUUGUAAUAUUGGACAUCUUUGUUUGGAAUACCCUUAUCAUUAACAGAAUUGGAAUUGCUCUCUUCUUCCUUUUCUCUCUAAUGAUAUUUGGUGGAAAUAUAAUGAUGAUUGAAACUGCAAUUUCAAUUAAGAAUAGAAGACCAAACGGUUGUUUGGACUCGUUUGCUGACAGAUUAAGCGUUCUUGAAAGCGAAUGGGUUGAAAAUAUGAAAGAUGUUCAUUUUAGAGAAUUGCAAAUGAAAUAUGCCAAGAAUGAAUUCUCUUUGGAAAACUUUUUAUUGUAUGAACAUUUAGAAAAAUUGGAGAAGCAAAAAGUAUUAACGUUGGAAGAUCUCUAUUAUCUGCAAACCACCUAUCUCAGUAGCUUGUCCCCUUACUCAAUCAAUUUACCUGCCUAUUGUCACACCAAAUUUGCUGAGGUUUUGGCAAGAAAUGAUGUGAAUAUUCAAUUCAGUGAGCUUGACACAAUCAAGAACGAAGUGAUUGCUAACAAUCUGGAUACAUUCAACCGACUGACGUUAACUAAGGAAUAUAAGAAGUGGAAAGAAGUUGCAUCGUUCCAAACUCAAAUGAACGUUAAAUAA